AUGAUUCUGCAACGGCUAGCGGCCCGCGCGACGGCGGCCACGCCAAUCACCACCACUCUGCCGCUGUGCAGGGCCGUCCUCCCGGCGCAGCGCAGUGUCCCUCCCACGCCGAGCCUGCGACCGUACAGCAGCAGCAGCAGCAGCAGCAGCGCCGCAUACCCGACCGUCACGGACCGCGGCUUCUGGAAGUCGCUGAUCCCGAAGCCGCUGCGGCGGGAGAACCGCCCCGCGCGGCGCAAGGGCCAGGCGCGGCCGUGGAAUCCGGCCACGUACUUCAUCGUCAUGUUCCUGUUCGUCGGGUCCAUGUCGAUCCAGAUGAUCGCGCUGCGCAACCAGACCGGCCGCCACAUGCGGCAGGCGAGCGUGCGCCUGCAGCGCCUGCGCGAGGUCGUGGAGCGCGUACAGGCCGGCGAGGACGUCGACGUGGAGAAGGUGCUGGGCACGGGCGAGCCGCAGCGCGAGGCGGACUGGGAAGAGGUGCUGCAGGCGAUUGAGCGAGAAGAGGCGAUGAAGAAGUCGACGCCGAAGGACGCACCGAAACCGAAGAGCGCAGCCGCACCACAGCCGACAACACCGGCCGCCACCCCGCAGCCAAGCGCGGAACAAAAGUCAACGAAGAGCACAGGAUUUGGCAGCUUCUUUUAG